AUGUCGGUUACAAACACUGACACACCGUGUACCGUCGCUCGCCGUGAGAUACUUAACCUGAAUGUCAGGGAUAGUGAAAGCCCGAGUCAGUUCUUCUAUCCACGGGACCGACUUCGCACGUACCUCACGCGAGAAAAUGUUGCAAAAAUUCUCCAGUGCCCGUGUCGCAAAUGCCGCCGCCAGUACGAGGUCUUUCGUAGGAAUCACGCUCCCACAGAGUUCCUCGAUCGAAUCGUCGGCCCAGAGAACGAUGUCGAAGCCUGUCACAAUCCCGCCAGAACGGCGUACUCUCUUUUCGGCCUUCUUAUAUACAUUGAGCAUGCACUUCUCAUCAUUGGAUUCAUGAUGAAAGAAGUUUACGAUGUGAACAUCUCAGGGGAGUCGUUCUCGGCUGAAUCUCUGAAGCGAGUGUGUGAUGCUUUUUUCCGCGAAGAAGGACAACACGCCUUCAACUCCUUCGAAAACCAGUUCAGUAUCUUCCUGCGGCAUUUUGCAAUCCCGACCAUGGAGUCGGGUACCUAUUCUGUCUACGCCAGUGACAGGAUCCUGCCUUUUUUUGAACAGCGGAGACUGAGUUUACAAGGGGCGAACAGCAAAGUAUAUGCUUUCAAAAUAUAUGACGAGUAUCGCAAGUUCCCUCAUGCAGGAGAAGUCGCAAUGUACGCAAGGAAGGAACUCGACAAGGAUAGCGAGUUAGCCUUUCACAUGGAGAACAGGAAUCUGAACCUCGCAACGAUGCUGAAGGACGACCACAUUGUGAAAAUGAUCAAGCCUUAUAAGCACGGCGAUACCUUCAACCUCAUCUUCGCAUAUGCCAAAGCUAACCUCGAUGAUAUUCUUCGGAAGUCAGGGCCAGAUCUCGCUGAAGCCGGGCCUAGUCCUGUUGAGUCUCGCCGUGAAUGGAAGCAAUUGUUGGGGGUCGCGAGAGCUCUCAGUAAGAUCGGAGGACCACGCGGAAAUCAAUAUCUUUUUGGCCAAACUUCCCGUCCGGAACACCUGGGCGUUCAUUUCGACCUCAAACCAGCAAACAUAUUGAUCGACAAGGAUAAUAUCUGGAUGAUAUCUGAUUUCGGACAAGCCGUCUUUAAACCAACGGGUGACACAAGUUCUCGUAUGGUCAACCAAGGGGGAACGUUAGCUUAUGCACCCCCAGAGAUGAACAUUGAUGCCAAAUCAAGCCGGCGUUACGACAUCUGGUCGCUUGGUUGCAUCACGUUGGAGGUUCUCGCCUUUGCUAUUCAUGGCACCCACGGCUUGAAUGGCUGCGAAGCGUACCAAGGCUUGGACGCAGUACGGCGUACUAAUAACUUGACUAGUGGGCAAGAAGACAGUGCUUUGUGGUAUCAGGACGACGAUAAGAAAUACAGGGUCAAGCCCGCAGUGUUCGAGUUCAUGCAGUUCUUAUUGAGGGCCGAGCCUUUACAGCAUCGGCCAAGCAGCCUAUCCUUCGUGAACAGGAUUAUUGACCUAAUCACGAAGAUGUUGGAGCCGGUAGCUGAUGAUCGUAUUGAUAUCGGUGAGGUUGUCCGGCUGUUGGAAGCUGCCAUAGAGGAGUCGAACGACCAAACGCAGCCCUUAGAUAUGACUCCAAACGAUGGGGAAGUUCCUAUUGGUGAGCUUGAGCUACAAUGCAUUCGGUGA